AUGGGGAAAACAUCUAAAGACAAAAGAGAUAUAUAUUAUAGGUUAGCAAAGGAAGAAGGAUGGAGAGCCAGAAGUGCAUUUAAAUUACUACAAAUUAAUGAAGAACAUAAUAUAUUUAAUGGUGUAACACGAGCAGUAGAUCUUUGCGCUGCCCCUGGUAGUUGGAGUCAAGUGUUGACAAAGAAUUUGCGUCAAAACGUAGAAAAUGCGGACGACGUCAAAAUUGUGGCAGUGGAUUUGCAAGCCAUGGCUGCUUUGCCUGGUGUUAUACAAAUACAAGGCGAUAUCACAGAAGUUUCAACUGCAAAUUCUAUAAUUAAAGAGUUUGAAGGACAUAAAGCUGAUUUAGUGGUGUGCGAUGGAGCUCCAGAUGUCACUGGUCUGCAUGAUAUAGAUGAAUAUGUUCAAUCACAGCUUCUUUUGGCUGCACUUAAUAUAACAACACAUGUUUUAAAAAGUGGGGGAAUUUUUGUUGCAAAAAUAUUCAGAGGAAAAGAUGUAUCUCUUUUGUAUUCUCAGUUAAAACAAUUCUUUACAUAUGUGACAGUUUCUAAGCCCAGGAGUUCUAGAAAUUCAAGUAUAGAAGCUUUUGUAGUGUGCAAAGAUUAUCAACCACCAAAAGGAUAUGUAUUAAACAUGGUAAAUCCCCUACUAGACCACAAGUAUUGUGAUUUCAAUGAAUUUACAGGGCCUAAUAGAUUUAUAGUACCAUUUAAUGCAUGUGGAGACUUGAGCGCAUAUGACUCUGAUACAUCGUAUUCACUAUUAUUAGAAGGGCAAACAUCAUAUAACUAUAAAAAGCCAGUUCAGGGCCCUAUAAAUCCACCAUAUAAGGAAGUUAUAGAAAAGUGUAAAAAUCUACAACUUUGA